CCACCAGGAGUUGUUUACAGAAGAAAAGCUGAGGGCUAGCUCUGGAGCCAAGUACGGGUCAGGGGAAGGGAGGGCAAGGCUGAACUCCGGCGGCGGCCGGGACCCGCCUGCCAGGACGGCCUCGGCCCAGCCGUGGCGGGGGGGACAUUGCGGAGGAAGGGGCAAGUCUCCUGGCCUUCAGGUGCUGGCCGCGUGAGUGGGCGGAGGCCCUGGGCGCCUCACCCCCUGCUCGGGAGGUGCGUCCGGGAAUCACCCUGGGUCCCGCUCCGCCCCGACGCCGGGGGUUGAGGGAGGGGGGGUGGCGAACGGCCGUUCGCUCCGGCUAUAAAGGGCCCUGGGCCGCCAAAGCUCGCCUCAGCGUCCUCCGGCUCCGCCUUCGCCGCCAUCCUCCCAGCUAGAGCUCCAGUUCCCGCUCUGGUUCCAAUCGACCCUCUCGGGCUCAGCUACUCGGGCUGCAGCAGAAGAUGGCGGCUUCCGAGGCUCCGGCCGACAGCUCUGAGGCGGCGCUGGCUGCAGCCCUAGCGGACGUGCCGGAACUAGCUCGACUUCUGGAGAUCGACCCGUACCUGAAGCCCUUCGCUGGGGACUUCCAGCGCAGGUAUAAACGGUUUAACGAGACCUUGAACAACAUUGGAGAGAACGAAGGUGGUAUUGAUAAAUUCUCCAGAGGUUAUGAAUCCUUCGGUGUCCACAGAUGUGCCGAUGGUGGUUAUACCAAAGAAUGGGCCCCAGGAGCAGAAGGAGUUUUUCUUACUGGAGACUUCAAUGAUUGGAAUCCAUUUUCGUACCCAUAUAAGAAACUGGAUUAUGGAAAGUGGGAGCUUUAUAUCCCACCAAAGAAGAAUAAAUCUCUACUUGUACCUCAUGGAUCCAAAUUAAAGGUAGUUAUUAGGAGUAAAAGUGGAGAGAUCUUGUAUCGUAUUUCACCAUGGGCGAAGUAUGUGACUCGUGAAGGUGAUAAUGUGAAUUAUGAUUGGAUACACUGGGAUCCAGAACACCCAUAUAAAUUUAAGCAUUCCAAACCAAAGAAGCCAAGAGGUCUAAGAAUUUAUGAAUCUCAUGUGGGAAUUUCUUCCUAUGAAGGAAAAAUAGCUUCUUAUAAACAUUUUACAUGCAAUGUACUACCAAGAAUCAAAGACCUUGGUUACAACUGCAUUCAGAUGAUGGCGAUUAUGGAGCAUGCUUACUAUGCCAGUUUUGGUUACCAGAUCACGAGCUUCUUUGCAGCUUCAAGCCGUUAUGGAACUCCUGAGGAGCUAAAAGAAUUAGUUGACACGGCUCACUCAAUGGGUAUUACAGUCCUCUUAGAUGUGGUACACAGCCAUGCUUCAAAAAAUUCAGAAGAUGGAUUGAACAUGUUUGAUGGGACAGAUUCCUGUUACUUUCAUUCUGGACCUAGAGGGAAUCAUGAUCUUUGGGAUAGUCGAUUGUUUGCCUACUCCAACUGGGAAGUUUUAAGAUUCCUUCUGUCAAACAUAAGAUGGUGGUUAGAAGAAUAUGGCUUUGACGGAUUUCGUUUUGAUGGUGUUACAUCCAUGCUCUAUCAUCACCAUGGAAUGGGUCAAGGUUUUUCAGGUGAUUACCAUGAAUAUUUUGGACUUCAAGUAGAUGAAGAUGCCUUGAUUUACCUCAUGUUGGCAAAUCAUUUGAUUCACACAUUGUAUCCAGAUUCUGUAACAGUAGCUGAGGACGUAUCAGGCAUGCCUGCUCUCUGUUCUCCGAUUUCCCAGGGAGGGGUUGGCUUUGACUAUCGAUUAGCCAUGGCAAUUCCAGAUAAAUGGAUCCAGCUACUUAAAGAGUAUAAAGAUGAAGAUUGGAAUAUGGGCAAUAUUGUGUACACACUUACAAACAGACGCUACCUGGAAAAGUGCAUUGCUUAUGCAGAGAGCCAUGAUCAGGCACUCGUUGGGGAUAAGACACUGGCAUUUUGGUUGAUGGAUGCUGAAAUGUAUACCAACAUGAGUGUUCUGACCCCGUUUACUCCAGUUAUCGAUCGUGGAAUACAGCUUCAUAAAAUGAUUCGACUCAUUACUCAUGCCCUCGGUGGGGAAGGCUAUCUCAAUUUUAUGGGUAAUGAAUUUGGGCAUCCUGAAUGGUUGGACUUCCCAAGGAAAGGAAAUAAUGAGAGUUAUCAUUAUGCCAGAAGGCAGUUUCAUUUAACCGACGAUGACCUCCUUCGCUAUAAGUUCCUAAAUAACUUUGACAGGGAUAUGAAUAAAUUGGAAGAAAGAUGUGGUUGGCUUUCAGCUCCACAGGCCUAUGUGAGUGAAAAGCAUGAAGCCAAUAAGAUCAUUGCUUUUGAGAGAGCAGGUCUUCUUUUUAUUUUCAACUUUCAUCCAAGCAAGAGCUACACUGAUUACCGAGUUGGAACAACGCUGCCAGGAAAAUUCAAAAUUGUGCUGGAUACAGAUGCAGCCGAAUAUGGAGGACAUCAGAGAUUGGACCACAAUACUGAUUUUUUUUCUGAAGAUUUUAAACAUAAUGAGCGUCCCUGUUCUCUUUUGGUGUACAUUCCAAGCCGAGUGGGCCUCGUCCUUCAGAAUGUGGAUAUGCCCAACUGAGGAGACGGAGUUUCAGCUUCACCAGAAGCCAAGUGUGCUUUGUUUCCUGUUCGCCUUGUCACAGAGCUUGUAAUGUGUAAGCUGGCGAAACACCGCUGUCUAGACGAAACAUCAGACGUCUGAAAUGUAAUAUUGGUUUAUGCAAAUGAACGUCAGACUUUGGCUAGAGGGGGGUAUGUUUUUGAAAUUUCAAGGAUCCUAGACUCUCUUUUUCCAGGCAUCGGAGCAGCUAGGAUUCUCAGAUGAAGUAUUCUGUGUGAUGCCUUUAAACAGCUUUUCUUUCUAGGCCAAUAUUUGAUCCUUAAAGUUCACAUAUGAAUCAUGUGUCAUGUAUGAUUAUUUCUGUUGAAUGUAUACAGUAUUUUUUUAAGAAGAAUAUUGGGGUACUUUAUUUGUUCUAAGUAUAUCUUGGUAUAAUAUAUAAAGCACCAAGGUUGUUACUAUGUUUUUUUUAAAUUGUGUUUAGAAAUACUGUAAUAAGUAUGUAGUAAUGUAGUAAUGAUAUAAAAUUAAGAGUUGGAUCAGAGAUAAUAUAAAACCAUUAUAAACUUGUCCAUGCUUCAUUUUGCCUAAGUUUUAUCUUGUGAUCUCUGCUUCAUUUAGUAUCUUGGUGGAUGCUGAUAUCUCCGUCUUUCUGAAGACCUGAAUUGGGAAUUGUAACAUUUCAGAAAACUCUUUUAUUGUUGAUCAAUAAAAAAUUUAAAAAAAAAUUUAAAAACUGCAAAA